UUCUAGCAGUGGUUUCUUGCUUGAAUGGUGGUCUAUUUUUAGUGAUGCGUACUUUACAUGGCAGUCAAAUUAUGAAGCUCAACAAGAAAUGAAUAAGGUUUUACCAUUCGAGCCUAUUAAUCAGGCAAUGCCAGGUCUACCACUUCAUCUUCCCAGACAAAUGGAACAUGUUAAGAUUCCAAAUUCUCCACAAACGGGUUUUAGGCAUCCCCAAAUGAGUACUGUGCCGAUGGAAUUUUUCAAUAGAUCUAACCUUCAUCCUGAAACAAGAGUUUCUUGUGCCGGUAAUGUUUUCAUUAAAAUAAACAAUCAAAUUGGUACUCCAUCAGUUCCAAAAGAUCAAGAAAUGGUUAUGUCAACUUUGGAAGAGGAGGAUCAGUUCAUGAGGGGCCAACAAUCCAAAAAGCAGAAUGAGGCAAUUUAUGUUGAUAAUGGCUUAGCCGAGAACAAUGUAGAAUCUGAGCCGUCACCUGAGGGUGGUGAUGAUAUAUAAUACAAGAGCUCAACCUUUGAGGACUAAGAGGAAAAGUUCUUCAGGUUGCAACAAAAAUGCA